AUGGCAGAAAUACAAACACUAAUCGAAAUGGGAUUCCCAAAAGAGAGAGCCGAGAAAGCGCUAGCCGUGACGAAUUAUAAAGGCGUAGAGCCUGCCAUGGAAUGGCUCCUUGCCCAUGCAGAUGAACCAGAUUUAAGUGCAGGUUAUACUAUAGCUGGUAAUUCUGGAUCUGCGGCUGCUGAGCCUGUACCGGCUGAGCCAGCUCCUGCCGAGCCGGUUCCCGCUGCUGAGGCUAGUAGUGAUGCAGAAGCGAAGUCUUUCAAGUGCGAUGAAUGUGGCAAAUUAUUUAAAAACCAAGAUGAAAUGGAGUUUCAUGCAGCAAAAACGAAUCACAGCAGUUUCUCUGAAUCAACGGAGGAAAAAAAACCUCUAACAGAGGAAGAAAAGAAAGCUCAACUAGCAUUACUUGAAGAAAGAAUGAAACAAAAGCGAAAGGAGAGAGAAGAUAGAGAAAAGGCUGAAGCAUUAGAAAGGGAGAGACUGCGUAUCAAGUCAGGCAAAGACCUUCAGGAAGCUCGACAAAAGCUCCAGGAGCAAGAAAUGCAAAAAUUAGUGGAACAGAGACGUCGAGAGAAACUAGAAGACCAGAGGGCAAGAGAGAGGGUUCGCGCCCAAAUUGAAGCUGAUAAACAAGCAAGAAAGCUCGCAGCAUCUGGUCAACCAGCUCCAACCCCAAGUCCAGCGCCUAUACCAGCCCCUGUCACCAGCUUGCCUUCUUCCACCAAGACAUAUGAGCAAACUCGCAUACAGAUAAGAUUACCAGAUGGACAGACUCUUUGUCAAACAUUUGGUGCUAAGGAACAAUUAGCUGUAGUAAGAUUAUUUGUACAAAUGAAUUCUGAGGAGUUUGCUAAGAAUGAUAACUUCAAGUUGUUAACAACAUUCCCAAAGAAGAUAUUCACAGCAGAGGAGUAUGAAAUGACAUUAGAAUUAUUAGGUCUGGUUCCUUCUGCAGUGAUAAUUGUAUCAAAAGGAGCACUAUAU